AUGAGAUAUUUGCAACAGGUUGCCCACCUAAACUGCUUGUGCUCUUGGAUUUGGUCUGGUUGUGCUCCGCGCCAUCCAUGCAAACGCCAUGCAGCCAUGCAGCGUCUUUGUCCACGUUGGACAGUGCUGGUGCUGGUGCUGAGUGUGGAAGCGGUGGAAGCGGUCACCCAGACGUUCCACCGACCCCCGGUCUCUUCGCCCCUGAGCCGCUCUGAAGUCCUGGCACUGCGCACGGCGUUUAGCGCCAAGUUUGGCGCGAGCUCGGGCUCGCGCGAGCCCACGGAUCUGUCGUCUGGGCGGCGCUUGUUGCAUGGUCUUCCCAUGCGUCUGACUGAGCAAAUUCGAAGAGACUGGCAGCUGGUUGAGAGCGACAAGGUGCAGCAGGUGAAAGUGUCCCCAGGCGGCCCCGGCGAAGCGGUGAUCACUUGGCUCACCCAAGAUCGGCGUUUGCCUAGCCUUGUUGAGUACCAGAGCGCCAGAAGUGUCUUCAGCCGGACUGCUCAGGGCGAGGUCAAUGUUUACACCACCCAGAUUUGCUUGCCAAAUUCACAGGUGAUGGCAGAUCCGUUGCUCGGCCCUCCGAACAUCCCGCUGAAUUACGACGAGCUCACCAAGCUGCUGAACACCUCGUCCUUCUUGCCGCCAGAGAGCGACUCUUGGCGUUUCUUGGGGCCCAAUGCUGAUCCCUGGGAGUUCUUAGCCAAGACCAAUUUCUGCAUCGACUACAAGAAUCCGAAUGCCUACUACACCAGCCCAUACAUCCACACCGUGACGCUGCGGGGCCUCGGAGGCUCCACGGACUACAGCUUCCGACCCGCAGGGAGCAGCAGGUCGUUUCACUUCAAAACGCCGCCGAACGCUGGGGCCAAUGCCGCGCCCAUGCGCUUGGGAGUCUGGGCGGACAUUGGCAUCACAAAUGUGAGUUUCGGUGUAAUGUCAAAGAUGCUCGACCUGGAACCAGAUUUGCUCGUGACUGUCGGAGACCUGUCCUAUGCCGAUGGCUGGGCAGAGCGUUGGGACAUCUUUGGGAUGAUGAUGGAGCCCCUGAUGUCGAGCCGCUAUCACCUGGCGGUCGUCGGGAAUCACGAGAUCAUUCAGAACAACGGUGUUGAUUUCAUCCAUCGCUAUCCGAUGCCGUUCCGGCAGUCUGGAGCACCAGGACCCUACAUGUUCGCGUAUGAGAGUGGACUGCUGUAUCUCAUCGGCUUGCCCGGGAGCUACGCCCCGACCGCGAAGGGUUCACUGCAGUGGAGCUUUGCGGAAGAGAAGCUGAUGGAGGUGGACCGUGAACGGACGCCUUGGGUGGUCGUCGUCUUCCACACCCCCUGGUACAACAGCAACAAUGCUCAUUUCGGAGAAGGCAUGAAGCAUCAGUGGGAUAUGGAAGAGCUCUUUUACCAGCAUGGUGUGGACUUGGUCUUCAACGGGCAUGUCCACAGCUAUGAGCGGUCCUUUCCAGUCUACAACCAUUCGCGGAAUGAGUGUGGCACCACGCACAUUGUCGUGGGCGACGGGGGCAACUACGAGGGUCCCGCCAUCUACGAGGGGCAUCCACCCGGGUGGCGGACGCCACAGCCGUCCUGGAGCGCCUUCCGAGAAGCUUCCUAUGGACCAGGCUUGCUCACUGUGUUCAACUCCACGCAUGCUGAAUGGCGGUGGCAUCGGGUGGCGUGUGUCUUUGAGAACAAGGCUCACCGUGCGGUGAACUGGACGAAGUUCACAUACGAGGGCGCGAGGCAAUCCUUGGGGCGAACGAGGCCGAUGAGUGCUUUCUAUUGGGACGGCGUGAGCGGCCCUGCGGGCGGCCCAGAGUGUGCUACGGAGGGGGACAAUGCAGAGCAGGCCUAUGAGGCCUCGGACGUGGUGAUGUUGGUGCGAGACCCCCAGCGGUGCCCCAACAAGUCCUUCCGGCAGCCGGGAACCAUGGCCACCGCGGCCUCCACCGGCGCGCCGGUCUGGUUCACUGAAGCACCGGUCUGGUCCACCGCGGCUGCUGCGAGCGUCGUCGCGGCCGUGGGAAUGGCCCUUGUCCUGGUGCAGUCGAGGCGGUGCAAUGGAGCACUGCAGCAACAGCCCUUGCUGAGCGGAUGA